AAUCUAAGGUAGUCUCUUCUCAUCUUAGUUAGACCAUCAACAAAAUCGAUGGAAGAGAAGACGAAUGUGCCUAAAGAUUCAAAUAGAUGAAGAUAGAUUCGAUAAAAGCUCAAAAGGGCAACCAUGAAUACGAAAAAUAGCUGACAAAGUGGGAACUGCAUAUUAGAUCAACUACAGGUUUAAGUUUCUGCUCGCUAUAAAUCUUUCUUUGGGCUCUGUUUCAUUCAGAAAGUACUCAAAUGGCUGAAGUGGCCCCAGAAAGCGCCAUGGAGCAAAUGAAAGCUGCAGUUGAGAAGUUGGGGUCUUCAACAGAGGGGGAGACAGAAGGCGACCUAACGAGGUUCCUGGUCGCUAGAUCGAUGGACCCAAAGAAAGCCGCUCGGAUGUUCGUCCAGUGGAAGACAUGGAGGGCGGAGAUCGCUCCUCUUGGGUACAUCCCCGAGGAUGAGGUGCUCGACGAGCUGGGCUCCCAGAAAAUCUUUCUACAAGGUCCCAGCAGGAGCGGUUUCGCGGUGUUCAUCAUUCUAGCACGGAAACAUUUCGCUCCCAAAGAUUUUCUGCAACUCAAGAGGUUCGUGGUUCACAUUUUGGACAAAACGCUUAUGAGCUGUGAAGGUCAUGCAGAGAAAGGAAAAGAGAAGAUCGUAGCGAUUCUCGAUCUGCAGAAGAUAUCAUUGGCGAACAUCGACGUCCGAAGUUUAAUAGCAGGGUUUCAGACUUUGCAGGAUUAUUAUCCAGAGCGACUGGCAAAAGUCUUUAUUGUGAGCAUGCCUCUCAUUUUUGUUGGUGCUUGGAAGAUUGUUUCGGCUUUCUUGAGCAAGACAACUUUAGACAAGGUUCAAAUUGUGAAGUCGGAAGAAGGGAGGGCGGCAAUGUUGAAGGAGAUAGGCGAGGAGACGCUUCCAGUGGAGUAUGGAGGCAGUGCCAAAUUGGUGCCUCUCCAAGAUGUGAAGCUUAAUUAUUUGCCUGCAACAACCGGCUAGCUGAAAAUGCAGACACCCAUACACCAAAAAUGAUAUGUAAAAUAAAUGGGCCGGCUUGGCCCUUUGGACCUACCAGCUCCACUCAUGUUACCAUGGCUACACUGCCUAAGAAUCUUUGUGAUAAGUUGUUAUUAUGCUCCAGGACUUUCUUUAAUGAUAUUCCCUUACAUGAGAAAAGAAAACGCUUAUAUAUUAUUGAA